AUGUCUGGACCUCCUGUCCCCUUCUCUGCGCUGCCUCUCUCGAAAGCGCACGAUGCCACACGCCUGAAUGCAUGGGGAGCAUAUGGCGCCCAGGAUGAGCACGGGUUCCUGAACCGGCAGACACCAGAGACUGUCGCUGCUGCCGCUUCCGAGAUCAUGACUGGCGUAAAAACACCCUUAUUCGGUCGACAAGCAUUCUCCAAAGAUGUCUAUCAGAAGAAGCCUAGAAUCGUCCACGACGAUACCUGGAGCUUUAACACGCAGUCCAGCACGCAAUGGGAUGGCCUCCGCCAUUUUGGCUACCAGAAAGCGCAGCGCUUCUACAAUGAUACAACACUGGAAGACAUAGCUGGCACUUCAGAGAAGGGCAAGUCAAAUCCAAACGUGCUCGGAAUUCAGAACACUACAGAAAGGGGCGGUGUGACAGGACGAGGCAUUCUCGUUGAUUUUGCUCGAUGGCUCGCCACCGAGGAAGGUCAGAAAGCAGUGGGAAAAGACUUCAAGAACUUUGAGACCUCCGCCAUCAAGCUCGAAUGGCUCAAAGCAGUUCUUGCAUAUCAGAAAACCGAGGUGAAGUGGGGAGACAUCCUUAUAGUGCGCUCUGGGUUCUUCCCAGCCUUCUAUGCCCUGGACCAGGCCGGUAUCAAGUCUCUGCAGGAGAAAAGCCCGCCUGGGUUAGGAGGAGUCGAGCAAAGCGAUCAAGUGCUCGAAUGGAUCUGGAACAACUUUUCCGCCGUCGCGAGCGACCAUCCGUCCUUCGAGCGUUGGCCAACACCCUACGAGUGGUCGAUGCAUGAGGUCUUCCUCGCCGGAUGGGGCUGUCAUAUCGGCGAGCUGCUCGACCUGGAAGCAUUGAGCAAAGAAUGCGAGCGGCAGCAGCGAUGGAGCUUCUUCGUCUCAUCGGUGCCUACAUAUGUUCCUGGAGGCGUCGCAUCGCCGGUCAAUGGCGUGGCUAUCUUUUGA